GAAGUUGACAUCUGCCCCCUUUUACCACAUUUGUCCACAAAAUGCACACUGACUGCAAUGAAAUCUCUCCAUUUGCUACCCACACAACGGAAGUUGAACAAGUCCAACCAAAAUGAUGAGUGUUUCCCUCGUGGCAUUUUUCACAUUACGACUAGUCCUCCUUCUGCUGCACUUUCGCGAAAUAAGUUGCGACGACGAUGAAGAAACUCCAAGUAAUAACGACUCGUACAAGUAUAAUCCAAAAUUGCCAACGGCAUCGGCUGAGCGGUUCGACCCAACCUUGGCUCAACCGAGGGUGACCUUAUCGCAGGGGACGUAUCUCGGCCGGACUUACUCGUCCCGGUCGGGCAGACGGUAUCACGCUUUUGUCGGGAUAAGAUACACAAAACGGGUCGAGAGAUUUCAGCAGAUGGCUGAACUACCCGACGCUUCCAACGCGACGAUCAACGCCACAUCGUACGGACCCUUCUGCCUACAACAGGAAUGGUUCAAAAGUAAAGUUAUCGGGGAGGAAGAUUGUCUCUUCAUUAAUGUGUACAUUCCGGAAAUGAAGAAAAUGGGACCGACAGCAGCAGAAGAUGAAGCAGGAGGAGGACCACAACGGGAUAAGAAGAACCACAAUAACACUUCUGGAGGAGAAAGCACGCCUCCAAUUUCAACAAUGUUUUACAUUCACGGAGGAGCCUUCUUGUUCGGGUCGGGAAACGUCUACUUGCCCGAUUACCUGCUGGAUGAGGAGGAUGUUAUUCUUAUCACGAUGAAUUACAGGUCAGGCUUUUCUCAUUGUUUAUCUAUUAUCCUUCUUGUCAUGUUACAUGUUACUCAUCCGUGACCUUAAUACGCGUCGGCAUGCAUAAAUAUUAAGGCGCAAUAUAAGUUGUUGCCAAAAAAAUUGCCAUUUUUUACUACCCGGUGGACACAAAUCGGAUAAAUUAUAAAUAAAUACAUAACGUUAUUCACAGUCAGAGAAAAUACUUUUUAUAUGAGGAAAGAGGGAUUUCACAUAAAUAAAAUCCCUGCAUUAUUGGAAUAGGCUUAAAUCUCCUACACGGGGCCCAACCUUUGCCGGUUUUACGAGCUGUAAGUAUUUAGCUAGGUAUGAAAUCCUUCACAUCAAAGGAUUUCUCUAAAGCCCU